AUGGAUCCAGCCGAGGAGCAAGCCCAAGAAAUCGAGAUCUUGCAGUCGAUAUACCCCGAUGAGCUAGAAAUCCUCAAUGACUCGCAAACGCACUUUCAAAUCAGCUUAAACUUGGACUUGCCAAGUGAAAAACCACACUGGCUAUUGCUAACCGUGCAGUAUCCGCCUACAUACCCCGAGGUAGUGCCCAAUUUGCACAUAGAAGAAACGGAGCCACGAGCCGGAGGCGAUGGCGACGAGUACGACAACGGCGAGGAUUAUGACAACGACAACGACGAGGAAGACGAUGAGGAUGAAGACAGCAAAAACACGAAAUUGGCGUUGCACAUGGCAGAAACUAUUGAGUUUGAGCGCGAAGAUUUCAAGAAGCUUCUAGCGAAGUUGAAUGAGGAAGCCGAGUUAAGCAUCGGCAUGCCCUCGAUAUUCACACUAGUGAGCGUUUUGAAAGAUGAAGCAGAAACGCUAUUUCAGCAGAAAUUAGAUGCCGCGAACAAGGCGUUUGAGAGAAAGCGCAGUGAGAGGGAGAAGUUGGAGCAGCUCAAGUUCCAAGGCACCAAAGUCACCAAGGAAAGUUGGCUGGCUUGGAGAAGCAAAUUUAGACUCGAGAUGGAGUUUGAGAAAAAGGACGAGCAAAAGAAAUUGGAGAUGCAUGCGGGUAGAUUGACCGGUAAGGAGAUUUUCGAGAAGGGUUUAGCUGGUAAGGAAGAGGAAGAAGAUGGAGAGAGCGAUUUGAGUGAGGAAUCAAAGUUGGCUGCCGGUGUCAGCAAAGUUGCCGUGUAA